AUGACCCAGAAGAAGUGGACCGACGACGAGAUUGCAGCCCUCAAGGAUGUCGACCCCGAUAGCACGACGUGGAAGGUGAUCGCAGAAGGCUUUCCCGGCCGCAGUCAUGCCAGUUGCCGCCAGAAAUGGUUAACAAUCACUGGCGACACGAACGAGGGCGAUUGGAGUCGUGACGAAGACGACUGGCUCUGCUACGCUAUGAGCAUCACCAACAAGUGGCCCAAGAUCGCCACGAUCGUUGGGACGCGCAAACAAUGCCUCACUCGGUGGCAGCGGAUGGGCGAGAAAGGACUCGCGAUCAAGUGCAGCGCCAAGCCUAGCGGUCGUCCCGCCCUCAAAAAGACGGCGAAGGCACUCUCCACGACGCCGGACGACACGGUCUUGGACGUAUACGCACAAAUUGAAGCCAUGGACCUCAACUGGAGCCACACUGUGCCGGCGCCGAUCGGCCCCGACGAUGUUGUCUGCAGCUUUGCUUCGAUGGAUGAAAUCGCGAUGCGGUUACCCGCAGAGGCCGAGAUGGCGCCUGUCGACAUGGCGCCGACACCCGAUGAGCCAUUGAGCCAAGCCGAAGUCGACUAUUGGUCGGCGGUUGUGCUCAACAGUACGCAAUUCCCCAGCACCAGCGCUGUCAUGAGCGUCACCAACAAGUGGCCCAAGAUCACCGAAAUCAAAGCGCAAGCACUGGGAAGUACUGGCACGUAG